AGGCGAGAACGGAUGUAAGGUGACGACAGAAAUUGCCAUGCCGCGACGAGCCAUGGUGCGUACUGUCCACGCGCUUUUGAAAUUCCCCGCCACCUCCUUCUCUCCUGCUUCGUCUCCCAGUCCCGGACAUAGCCCGGUACGUCUCUGACCGCUUAAACCCCACUCCCCAGUCUCGGCUAUACGGCCAUUAGAAGGAGACAGAGUAUCCAGUCGCUUCCGAGCUCUCGAUGAUAAGUAAAAGAUCACUUGCAGUGGCCGGCUGCGUCGAAUCAGCUCCGUCGAUGGUGCCUCUGCUUCUUUCUUCCGGGAGAAGCUUCUGAGAAAUUUGAGCUACUGCGGCAAUACCAUUUCGCCCUCACUCCCUGCACUAACAGCUUUUAAUUGCAGUAACUUUUAAGCUAUGUAAGUGGAUUUGUCUUUGUCAACAUGGCUGAUUCAUCAAGAGAGGAUGUUGGAAACACGCUUCGGAUACUUGUCGCAACAGACAUUCAUCUGGGCUAUAUGGAGAAAGAUGAAGUGAGGCGUCAUGAUUCUUUCCAGGCGUUCGAGGAGAUCUGUUCAAUAGCACAGAAAAAGCAGGUGGACUUUUUACUCCUGGGUGGUGAUCUUUUCCAUGAGAAUAAGCCAUCAAGGUCGACACUGGUAAAGACUAUUGAGAUUCUUCGUCGGUAUUGCCUCAAUGAUCAUCCAGUUCAAUUCCAGGUUGUUAGUGACCAGACGAUGAACUUUCAAAACAUAUUUGGUCAUGUAAAUUAUGAAGACCCUCACUUCAAUGUUGGCUUGCCGGUAUUCAGUAUUCAUGGAAAUCAUGAUGACCCUGCUGGAGUGGACAACCUUUCUGCAAUUGACAUUCUGUCUGCCUGCAAUCUUGUGAACUACUUCGGUAAAAUGGUUCUUGGUGGUUCGGGCGUCGGGCAGAUUACUCUUUGCCCUAUCCUUAUCAGGAAGGGUUCAACAGCUGUAGCCCUGUAUGGUCUCGGGAACAUCAGAGAUGAACGUCUCAAUAGAAUGUUUCAGACACCUCAUGCUGUACAAUGGAUGCGUCCUGAAGCUCAAGAAGGCUGUCAAGUGUCAGAUUGGUUUAACAUUCUUGUUCUUCAUCAGAACAGGGUGAAAACAAAUCCUAAGAAUGCAAUAAAUGAGCAUUUCUUGCCGCGCUUCUUGGAUUUCAUAGUUUGGGGCCAUGAGCAUGAAUGUCUUGUUGACCCACAGGAAGUCCCUGGGAUGGGCUUUCACAUCACACAACCAGGUUCAUCUAUUGCCACAUCAUUGAUUGAUGGAGAAUCUAAGCCAAAGCAUGUCCUUCUUUUAGAAAUUAAGGGCAAUCAAUAUCGGCCCACCAAGGUUCCGUUGAUGUCGAUAAGGCCUUUCGAAUACACUGAGGUUGUGUUGAAGGAUGUAGCAGACAUUGAUCCCAAUGAUCAGAACUCUAUUCUUGAUCACUUAGACAAAGUGGUUAGAAAUCUGAUUGAAAAGUCAAGCAAGACAAACGGGAAUAGGUCAGAGCCGAAGCUUCCAUUAAUUCGGAUAAAGGUAGAUUACUCUGGAUUUAUGACAAUAAAUCCUCAGAGAUUUGGACAGAAGUAUGUAGGCAAGGUGGCAAACCCUCAAGACAUUCUAAUAUUCUCAAAGGCUUCUAGAAAGACUCGCAGUGAAGCUAAGAUUGAUGAACCUGAACGGCUUCGCCCGGAAGAGUUAAAUCAACAAAACAUUGAGGCACUGGUUGCAGAGAACAAUCUGAAAAUGGAGAUCCUUCCGGUCAAUGAUUUGGACAACGCUUUGCAUGAUUUUGUGAACAAGGAUGAUAAAAUGGCAUUCUUUUCUUGUGUCCGGCAAAAUCUUGUGGAAACUCGUAACAAAAUUGCUCGGGACUCAGAUGUGAUGAAGUGCGAAGAGGAGGAUUUAAUUCUUAAAGUUGGAGAAAGCUUGGAGGAACGUGUCAAGGAAAGGUCUCUGCGCUCCAGUGAUACCCCACUUGGCGCAUCAAUUGAACAACAGUCUUCAGGGGCCACGAGAAAUAGAGGCACCGCGGGGGCUGCAAGUGCUGUUUCCUUCAGCGAUGAUGAGGACAUAGCGGAGAUAUCUGCCUCAAAAUCAGUCACCAGAGGCAGGAAAGGAUCGGCAGCGGCUGCUACCACUCGGUCUUAUCGCGGUGCUGCAGAACCUUCAAAAGGCAAAACAUCCACAAGAGGAAGAGGUAGGGGCAGAGGAUCGGCUAACUUGAAGCAGACAACCCUUGAUUCCGCCUUGGGGUUUCGCCAUACUGAUAGCUUAUCUGCAAGAGCUGCUGCUGGUAGUCUUGCUGAUGCCACGGAGAACAUGGAUUCUGUUUCUAGUGAAGAAACAGGGAGAAAUUCGAUUAAUGAUGUCGAGGAUAGCUCGGAAGGUGAUGAGACUCCUCGAGGAAAAGGGUGCAAACGAGCUGCUCCAAGAGGGAGAGGCAGAGGCAGAGGCACGACAGCAUCUUCCAAGCGGGGUCGGAAAUCAGAUAAUUCUUCUGUUCAUAGACUACUUAUGACUCAUGAUGACGACGACGACGACGAAGAUGGCGGAACAAAGAAAUUGAACAAGUCUCAAACUCGGGUAACAAGGAAUUAUGGUGCACUGAGAAGGUGAACGCUCACCUGUCUCCUCGCUUCUUUGCUUGCUCCUAUCAGCUCUCUGUGAUCGGAACGAACUGUCUGUUCAACUAAUUCCCAAUCCUUUUUUUCUUAUAUAUAGUUUAAUUAGUUAGGUGAUGAGACAGCCAUGUUUGUUUGAGGGUUCUGAAAUCUAUGAAUUUUGGAGGCAUUGCUGUAAUUUUUCGUUGAGCAUCGGGUCGGUACCCGACUAUCCAUUAGUAAUGAUAAAAUCUGUCGUUAUGUAUAGAGAAAAAAAGCAAGAUUCAUGAUGGAGCAGCAUCGUUCACCCAUAGCUCCAAAAAAAAAAAAAAAAAAUUCUUGUCAUGUACUCAUCAAAAUUAUUCUAUUUCUACCGAAAAAAAUUAUUCUAUUUCUCUGUUACUGAUGGAAAGAUGAUUUAAUUUGAGGGAAAACUUGAAAUUAGACUGCCGGUUUGAUCUUAAGGGGGUUCAGCCCAAUAGUAAUAUGAUAGAGGGCCUGGCCCAGUAUGACUUCAUAAACUUGACACGGCCCAAUUCCUGAAAAGGGGCCAGCCGCAGCGCUUGCCGCCAUAAGGAGUUGGGUACCGUACCUCUCCUUCUUCCGUUGCCCGCUGCUGCAAUAGCAAAACAAGCGAAGGUAGGGUUCCUCUCGGUAGCUUCACUCUGCGGCCAUGGCGAAGAACAGAAGCAAGAAGAAGCGAAGCGAUGACGUCUCGAUGGACAUAUCCGAACCAACCGUCUCCUAUGGCGCCCAACCUAUGGACACUUCGGAAUUCGGAGCUAAUUCUUCAGCCGCCGGUUCUUUAAACAGGAAAGUGAAGAAAGGAAGGCCAAUGAAAAGAUCAAAGAAUGCAAGGAAGAUGAAGGCCGUAGCUAAAGCCAUCUCCCAGAAUGAGAAGGUCGCAGAGAAGGUCUCCAAGAAUGAGGGUAAAUCAGUGAGAACCCAGUCUGCAAAAACACUCUACGACUGAAGUUCGAGUACAUAGUGUGCUUUCGUUAUGACUUUGCUGCUUAAUCAGAAACCUGGUUUUUGGUAUCUUUACUAUCCUUCAUAGGUUAGCUCUCAAUUCCACCUGUUGUUCCAUAGUUCUCGAAGAAGAGCACCGGCAGUCGUUUUAGUUAAGUUAUAUAUCUUGUUACAGAUUAUCACUGAGGUCGCUGAUUUGUGGGAGUAAAUGAUUAUUUGUCACAGUGGUUCAAUCCA